GUCUGUCAAAAAAAGUAACUAACCUCCAAAUGUCAUAACAUAACCUUCAACCUCAGUGGAAAAUGUCGCACGUUAAAAUACAAAAAUAGAAAUAUUUAAAGAAAAAUGUUAAUUUGGAGUGUGAAGUCGUAACUUGAGUGAUCCAGAAACCCCACCGAGACGCCAAAAUGGUUGUGGCUUGUCGUACUCAACAAUUGUUCAAAACGGGAAAAACUGUGACAAUUUCGAAGAAAUUCAACUAUUCGACUAGUUCUUUGAGGUUUAGAAAUUACGUAGAGCCUCGAGUAAGACUCUACGACUGCAAAAGAUUCCACUCUUCCAGGGAGAGCAGAACAACAUUAGCCAAACUAACACCACAAGAGGUGGAUAAUAUUCUACGUGCCAAUGAAUACACUCAUGAAUUUUCAAAUGGAUCUGUCAAAUCGUACGAUUCAAACCAAUUAGCUUCAAAUAACCCGAUUGAAGAUACCAGAGCCGAAGCUUCUUGUUUAAUUACUAGCGGUCUCUUAGUGGGUGUCUUUGAUGGUCAUGGUGGCGGUGCUUGUGCCCAAGUAAUAGCAAAAAGACUUUACCACUACAUUACAGCUUGUUUAGUACCUCACGAUCACUUAACUGAAUACGUAGCUUCUUUAUCUUCAUCAAAUCCCAUGAGAUUAAUCGAGUCGUACAACGAUAAAGUUCAAUUAGUUGAUGAUGUUAGAGAGUUGUACAAUAAGAGUUUUAUGGAAUUUCUCAAAGAAUUAGCAGAGGUAGGACAUAAGCAAGGAUUUGAAAUGAGUAAAGCACUCGAAAAAGCUUUUUUAAGACUAGAUGAAGAUCUAUCAAAAGAAGCUUUACCAAAAAAUGGAAAAGUAAAUAUGAAAACACUUUCGGUGGCGAUGUCAGGAGCUGUGGCUUGUGUGGCGCAUAUCGAUGGGGCGCAUUUGCAUAUCGCCAAUGUGGGGGACUGCUGCGCUGUUUUGGGUACUCUAUCUGAGACAAACUCAUGGAUAGCCAAAAAGCUGACCCAAGAGCACAACUAUUACAACAAAUCCGAAGUGGAGCGUAUUAUCAAAGCGCACCCUUACAACGAAAGCAACACAGUGAUAAGAGUGGGUCGAUUAUUAAGUCAGCUCGCCCCAUUUCGUGCAAUCGGUGAUUUUUGUUACAAAUGGAGUAAAGAAAUCAUGUAUGAAGUCGUGGUGAAACAUUUCGGUGAAACUGCAAUCCCUCCAAAUUAUCACACACCACCCUAUCUCAUCGCCACCCCUGAAGUGACACACCACCGUUUAACCCCACGUGAUAAGUUUCUAGUCAUUGCCUCAGACGGGCUUUGGGAUAUUGUGUCGCCCCUUGAAGUCGUUCGUCUUGUUGGAGAACACAUGAAAGGCAAACCGACUUUGAGUUCUUUGAAAUUACCACGGAAAAAUAUGACGUUGAGUGAAAUCAAUGAGUUGUUGUUGCAGAGAAAAGAAGGUUUGAAGACUAAACCGAAGGAUUCGAAUGCUGCGACUCAUCUUAUACGGAAUGCUUUAGGUGGGACGGAGUAUGGGAUUGAUCAUGGGGAGUUGUCGGAAAUGUUGAGUUUGCCCGAUGAUGUAGUUAGGGUUUUUAGGGAUGAUAUCACUAUUACUGUUGUUUACUUUGAUUCGGAGUAUUUGAGGCACUGUCCGCCAUAGUUGUGCGGCCAUUUUCAUUUAUACCUGCUAGAAUAUAGUCAAUUUUUGUAUGCCUUGUGUAGUUUAGAUCGAUUCAAUGACUGGUACCUUUCUGAUUCGUGAUGUUCUAUUUAUUUUUAAUAAUAUCGUUAUAGACAUUAAUGACAAUAAAGUUAUGGGCAAUUUAA